GCUAUAAGCGCGGGAGGCGAAGCGGCGGGAGCCGGAGCCCACGGAGCCCACGGAGCGGCCACGGCGUUGGAGCCAGCAAAUCCUCCGAGCCACGAAGGGGCCCGAGCAGCAGCCACGAUGUGCGGAAUCUUUGCCUACAUGAACUACAGAGUCCCCCGGACAAGGAAGGAGAUCUUUGAAACCCUCAUCAAGGGCCUGCAGCGGCUGGAGUACAGAGGCUACGACUCAGCAGGUGUGGCAAUCGAUGGGAAUAAUCACGAAGUCAAAGAAAGACACAUUCAGCUGGUCAAGAAAAGGGGCAAAGUCAAAGCUCUGGAUGAAGAACUUUACAAACAAGACAGCAUGGACUUAAAAGUGGAGUUUGAAACACACUUCGGCAUUGCCCACACUCGCUGGGCCACCCACGGGGUCCCCAGUGCCGUCAACAGCCACCCCCAGCGCUCGGACAAAGGCAACGAAUUUGUUGUCAUCCACAAUGGGAUCAUCACAAAUUACAAAGAUCUGAGGAAAUUUCUGGAAAGCAAAGGCUACGAGUUUGAGUCAGAAACAGAUACAGAGACCAUCGCCAAGCUGAUUAAGUAUGUGUUCGACAACAGAGAAACUGAGGACAUUACGUUUUCAACAUUGGUCGAGAGAGUCAUUCAGCAGUUGGAAGGUGCAUUCGCAUUGGUUUUCAAGAGCAUCCACUACCCAGGAGAAGCUGUUGCCACACGGAGAGGCAGCCCCCUGCUCAUCGGAGUCCGCAGCAAAUACAAGCUCUCUACAGAACAGAUCCCCAUCUUAUACAGGACGUGCACUCUGGAGAAUGUGAAGAAUAUCUGUAAGACGCGGAUGAAGAGGCUGGACAGCUCCGCCUGCCUGCACGCCGUAGGUGACAAGGCCGUGGAAUUCUUCUUUGCUUCUGAUGCGAGCGCUAUCAUAGAGCACACCAACCGCGUCAUCUUCCUGGAGGACGAUGACAUCGCUGCAGUGGCUGAUGGGAAACUCUCCAUUCACCGAGUCAAGCGCUCGGCUAGUGAUGACCCAUCCCGAGCCAUCCAGACCUUGCAGAUGGAACUGCAACAAAUCAUGAAAGGUAACUUCAGUGCAUUUAUGCAGAAGGAGAUCUUCGAACAGCCAGAAUCCGUUUUCAAUACUAUGAGAGGUCGGGUGAAUUUUGAGACCAACACAGUGCUCCUGGGUGGCUUGAAGGACCACUUGAAGGAGAUCCGACGAUGCCGACGGCUCAUCGUGAUUGGCUGUGGAACCAGCUACCACGCUGCCGUGGCUACGCGGCAAGUUUUGGAGGAACUGACUGAGCUCCCUGUGAUGGUUGAACUUGCUAGCGAUUUUCUGGACAGAAACACACCUGUGUUCAGGGAUGAUGUUUGCUUUUUCAUCAGCCAGUCAGGCGAGACCGCGGACACACUCCUGGCGCUGCGCUACUGCAAAGACCGCCGCGCCCUGACUGUGGGUGUCACCAACACCGUGGGCAGCUCCAUCUCCCGAGAGACCGACUGCGGCGUCCACAUCAAUGCAGGGCCAGAGAUCGGUGUGGCCAGCACCAAGGCUUAUACGAGUCAGUUCAUCUCUCUGGUGAUGUUUGGUUUGAUGAUGUCUGAAGACCGAAUUUCACUACAAAACAGGAGGCGAGAGAUCAUCCGUGGCUUGAGAUCUUUACCUGAGCUGAUCAAGGAAGUGCUGUCGCUGGAUGAGAAGAUCCAUGACCUAGCCCUGGAGCUUUACACACAGAGGUCACUGCUGGUGAUGGGGCGGGGCUACAACUACGCCACCUGCCUGGAAGGAGCCCUGAAAAUUAAAGAGAUAACCUACAUGCACUCAGAAGGCAUCCUGGCUGGGGAGCUGAAGCACGGGCCCCUGGCACUGAUUGACAAGCAGAUGCCCGUCAUCAUGGUCAUCAUGAAGGAUCCUUGCUUUGCCAAAUGCCAGAAUGCCUUGCAGCAGGUCACAGCCCGCCAGGGUCGCCCCAUUAUAUUGUGCUCCAAGGACGAUACUGAAAGUUCCAAGUUUGCAUAUAAGACGAUUGAGCUGCCCCACACUGUGGACUGCCUCCAGGGCAUUCUGAGCGUGAUUCCGCUUCAGCUUCUGUCCUUCCACCUGGCUGUCCUCCGAGGAUAUGACGUUGACUUUCCCAGAAAUCUGGCCAAGUCUGUAACUGUGGAAUAGGAUGAGACCGUCACAAGACCAUCACCACCUUUAAUCUGAUUCCAGACCUGUCCCAACAGCAGUGAUGCUACAUGGGAAGAGAAGUGGGCAUCCAACUUGUUCUGCAUCUUCCUGUAGAGUUUGACAGUUUCCACGUGCCUUCUACCCAAGUGCUUUUGCUUACAGCAGAUACUGUUUCUCUGUGUCCUGAAGUCGCCAGAGGAGAAGAGAAUCAUUGUUUACACAUGGGGAUCAGAGCAGACUUCUCCACUAUCGUGCAAUAGAGAUACAGCUCUCUUCAGAGUAACUGUGAACCUUUUAUAACCAACACUAGAGUUAGUUUUAAAACACAAAAUAUUUAUAAUGACGAUUGUAUAGCUUUUAAGUUAUUUUUCUAGUAUGUGGCUUUCUGUAGCCAUGGUAAUGGCCAAACUGUUCAUCCCAGCUACCCAUGCGCUGUCUCCAGGCUUGCUCCUGGCAGGUGGCAUUCAUCUCAGAUUUGAGCACAAGGCAUUGGCCCUCUGGACUCCUCUCUCCUUCACUUUCCUCUCUAGGCUGCUCCUAAAUCCUGUUCCCUGACAUCCAUGAAGCCCCUCCAGCCAUCCACCUAUGCCUUUUAUGAGUCCAGUUGAAAUCUCAGCCUCCUCCUCCAUUUUAUUCUUGUGUGUGGCCCAAAUCUCUCCAACUCUCCAACUUCUGUUUAAUCUGAUCAUGGCUCUUUUUAAGUCCAGGCAGCAUUUUGGUCCCUGCUCCUUGUCCAUAGUAAAACAGCUUGAAAUAUCCCAUGCAAGAGAGUAGUUUCAAGUGGGCAACUCUGCUCUCUAUUUAAAAGCGUGCACAAAGUACUAUGCAAUGCUAGGACAAUAAAGAACAUACCAGUUUU